AAAUGAUGGUGAUAUAUAAACAAGAUUCGGGCAAAGUUGCUUUUGUUGUCUGUCAUCUCAAGUGUGAAGCUUCGUGAGGCACUUUGGUGUUUGAGCUGAAGGAACAACCUUAUUAACAUGAAAGGCUACAAGGUUUGGACCUCAACCUUCAACAGCAGCACCACCACCACCUUCAUCCCUUUCAAUAAUAAUCUCUCCCCAAAUUACCCGUUAACCCCUCCAUCCUAUACUGCUUCAAACUGCUUCCCAUCCUUCCAAAGCCAAAGACCAAAACUUAUAGCUCAGAAUUUCAAACCCCACAUUCUUCUAUGCACCUCUCUGCCCAGUCCACAGGCAAGCAGUGCUUCCACAGCUCAAGCUGAGGAGCAUGAGGUUGAAAUUGCAAAGGGUUACACUAUGACACAAUUUUGUGACAAAAUGAUAGAUUUCUUUUUGAAUGAAAAAACGAAAUCAAAAGAAUGGAGGAAGUACCUGAUAUUUAGAGAGGAGUGGAAAAAAUACAGGGAUAGAUUUUACAAUAGGUGCCAAAGAAGGGCAGACAUGGAGAAUGACCCAGUUAUGAAGGAAAAAUUUAUUUCAUUGCGGAGAAAGUUGAAGAAGAUUGAUGAUGAAAUGGAAGGACACUAUGAACUGCUCAUGGAAAUACAAGAUAGCCCAAUGGACAUUAAUGCCAUAGUUGCACGAAGGCGUAAAGAUUUUACAGGGGAGUUCUUCCACUACCUCUCUCUUAUUUCAGAUACAUAUGACAGCUUGGAGGAUCGUGAUGGGAUUUCCAGGCUGGGCAGUAGAUGCUUGUCAGCUGUCAGUGCAUACGAUAAUACUCUAGAGAAUAUAGAGACAUUAGAUGCUGCCCAGGCCAAAUUUGAUGAUAUCCUCAAUUCUCCUUCUAUUGAUAUUGCUUGUCAGAAGAUCAAAAGCUUAGCAAAGGCAAAGGAACUUGAUUCUUCAUUGAUAUUGUUGAUAAGCAGUGCUUGGGCUAAAGCAAAAGAAUCUACAACAAUGAAGAAUGAGGUGAAAGAUAUAAUGUACCAAUUGUACAGGGCCACAAAGAGCAGCCUAAGGAGUAUUACUCCAAAAGAAAUAAAGCUACUCAAACAUUUGUUGAACAUCAUUGAUCCCGAGGAGCGAUUCUCUGCAUUGGCAACUGCUUUCACCCCUGGUGAUGAACACGAAGCCAAGGACCCUAAUGCUCUAUACACCACCCCAAAGGAGCUGCACAAGUGGAUUAAGAUCAUGCUCGAUGCAUAUCAUCUGAACAAGGAAGAAACAGAUUUGAGAGAAGCCAGGCAGAUGACUGACCCUGUGGUAAUUCAGAGGUUGUUUAUCCUUAAAGAUACUAUUGAACAAGAAUAUAUGGAAAAAGAUACAACCCAGAAGUCUGAGACAAAAGAUGACUCUAAAUCAGAAGAGUUUUAAGGUGCUUCUCAUAAACAUCCAUGCUUGCCAAUGUGUUUCCUGUUUCAUGCCUCUUUUGAUCGAGAAGGAAGGGUUGAAGUGGAGAGAACGACCAAAUGCUAGAAAAAUGUAAUGAAGUUACUACUUACUACCCUUUCAAAGAUUUUGUAAUAUUUGCAGUUGGAUGUUAACAUAUUUCACCUGAUUUUCAUUGCAAAGUUGAGGAUUGUACUUCUAGGUGUAAAUUAUAAGGCAUCCACCAUAUCAAGGUGGAUGAUGACAAACCAUUUUGAGGUUUAACCUAGAAUAAUAGAAUCAAUAUAAGUAGGAAGUAGAUUUUCCUUCUAUAUAUAAACAGUCCUCCUUGUUUCUAUGGGAAAUUUUCUUAUCAAGUUAAAUCAAAGCAUGUUUGGGUGGUA